AUGUUUGAGUACGUUCUUAUUUUAAACAUAACUCGAAGAGGCGCGAAUAUUUUGUUUUUUUUAUUACGUGCCAUCGUAUACAACAGUAAUAUGGAACAACAAACAUUACUUCACGAACGAAAAGAUUUGGUGACAUCGCCGGAUGAAAUUACAUAUAUUAAAAAACAAGUACCAGUAAAACAAACCUUUUCUAUGACAACUUUAACGCUGAAUCCGAAUCUGAUACCCGUUUAG